AUGUUGAUGAAGUGCAUAUGGCACACCGGCCUCAGCCUCUCAGGCCCUGACUGGGCCUCGGUCCCGUGGUCUCCUCCUCACGGACAGGAGUUAGUCCCAGCUUUCAAGGCCCGGAUCGAGGACAGUGGCGAGCGCACCACCCGACCGGGCGUUGCCCGGCGCUCACAGCUGCCUUUGUCCCUCCCCACGGAAUUGGAACCCAACAACCGCAGCGCGCUCUUGGAACCAUGUGCUGCCGCCGCCUCCGCCUCCGCCGCUGCCGCCGCCGCCGCGAGACCAGCCGCCCGCGCGCCGCGCUGGAUGAGAUGUGCACACCAGCCAGGCCGCCUCGCGCACUCCCCGACGCCCCAAGCCCCCGAGGCCUCCGCGGCGCACUCGGCCAAUCACAGAGCCGCCCCUCCUCCCGCCCCCGCCCUGAUGCGAAGCCUCCUGAUUGAAGCCCUGGCGCGCCCUCCCCCCCUCCCCGGUCUGGUAGGGCGAAGGAGCGGGCGCGCGGUCGAUCGAGCGAUCGGUUGGCGGCUCUUUCUCCUGCUCUGGCAUCCAGCUCUUGGGGCGCAGGCCCGGCCGCCGCGGCGCGCGCCCGGUGGCCGUUGGCGCUCGCGCCGCGUCUUUCUUCUCGUACGCAGAACUCGGGCGGCGGCCUAUGCGUUUGCGAUUCGACGAGGAGUCGUCCGGGUGGUCGGCGGCGGCGGGCAGCUGCUCCGCCCCGCUCCCGGGGAGGCGGCGGGAUUUGGCGCGGCCGGGGAAGCUGGGGUGGCUGGGGCCGGCCUGGAGGCCUGGCGCCACCCUUCGGGGCCUGCAAGGACCCAGUUGGGCGGGCAGGAGGGGGCCGGGGGAUGGUUGGUGGUGGGCUUCCUACUUUGCCUUUUUCUUCUUAUGCCGCCCUAGUGAGGGGCGGGAUCUCUGGCGGCAGCUCCGGGGUGGAGAGACAAGCUCCGGAGUCGGAAGAGCUGGUUUUGCUUCCGGGCCUAGCCACCAGUUGGCCGAGUGACCUUAGGCAAGUCACUUGGUAAUUUGUCUGCGCCUCAGUUUCCUCCUCUAUCAACGUUUGUGGGAUUGAAAGCGCUUUGUAAACUAUAAAGCGUCGGUGAAUGUAAGGGAUGAUUAUUGUUCGUAAUGGUUGGCUUUUUUUUUUUUUUUUUUGAGUUGUAAGAAAACUUAUCAAUUGUCCAAUUCUUGGAUUUUGAACCUGGGAACCUUGGAUUGGAGUUGGAUAUUCCCAAAUUCCCUGAAAUUGUGUGCAAAAAUUAGUGGGAAUAUGCAUUUUAGGGGAAUGAGUAUCCAUCGCCAGCAAGUUUUCAGAGGGGGCUGUGACCCAGAAGAGUUAAGAACCACAAUUCCUUUGCCACAAGGAGGAAACUGAGGCCUAGAUGUCAUUUGGGACCCGUCACAACCAAUUUGAAGCCCCUGUUGAAUCCCUGGGAUAUGUGAGCUGUUCUAUGCAUAGUGGGUAUUCGGGGUAACAACACUCCACUGCUUGGCUUCUAUUCUGAGUCUUUUUACCAUGGGUUGCCUGAAAGGUGGCUGACGCAUAUGGUACAGUGGCACCCAAUAUAAAGCAGCUAAAAGUAAGAGUGGAUGUGUUCUCUAGUAUCAAGAAGCCUGUUUAAUCUUUGGCCCAACAACUUUUUAUUUUCUGGUGCCUGACUACCUUUCUGUUUCAUUGACCAUUUUCCAUGACCAUGGCUGCCAUCCGUUACUUGCUUCUAUUUUAUAUUCUUAGUUUCUGUGAUUGGUAGUGAGCAGGCUUAUUUUUAAAUGGUGCUGCCAAGUCCAGUUAAUUAAUGAUGCAGGUGGAUUUUUAGCAAGCUGGCUGACUGGAACAAACUGAACCAGGCAUGGAAUUCCUGAAGAUGUUUGGGGGUUUGUCUUUAUUAGUUGAAGGUUAACAUUCUCUGCAAAGUUUUGUUAGAAUGUCUGCUGAACCUCAAAAUCAGUAGACUGCAAGUGUUUCAAACCUUAACUUUCCACCCCCCCCCCCACCGGCCUGCUUUGUAUUCUUUUUGCUUACAAGUGUGUUACUAAAAUGGCCAAAAUGCCAGUUUUUGCUUCUUUGUUAAUUGUCAGCUGCUUUUAUCAAAUUCCAGGCCAUUAUCCAGCAAACACUAUAGAAAUGUUUGAACACUUGGAUUUCAAACAUUUUCAAUUUGUGGAGUGGUGCUUACCAGUGGUACAGUUCUAAUCAAGCAAACACAAACCCACUUAAGUGUUUUGUUUGUUAGGUGUUAGCCAGUUCUGCUAUUUCAUACAAACAUCUGGGAAAAAUCAAUUGACUAUUCCCUUUACCUAGAGGGCAGAGACAAAGGAUCUCAAUUCCAGAGAAGUGACUGUUUUGGAGAAAGAUGUGUUGGUCUUUUAGCUCUUUUGUAAUUAAAUCUGGAUGUACCUCAAAAGAAUCUUAAGACUGUGGUGAUAAGAUGCUUUCCUCAGGAGAAGGAGGAAAAAAACAACUGGAACUCAAAGCUUGAAAUUCUGUGACAGAACGUGAGCUGUCCAGGAUAGGAGGUUGAAAGUGUUUCACUACAGCGUUCUGCUCUCCAGAUGUCCUUCAGUGUAGUCACGGCGUGGACUCCAGAUUUCCAGAUUUUCAAGAACUGGAUCUGGGACCUGGAAGAGAUUAUCAAGAUGUGACAGGAACUUGGGAGCUGGAUUUUUUUAUUUUUGAAUUUGGGGACUGUUUUCCUCGCUUUGAGAAAAGAGACAAUGACUGAGCAAACACUGCCACCAGCGCUAUUACUGGGAAUUCGGAGACCUGAAUUUUCGCCACACUCUCAGUGCAAACUCUGGCGAUGCUCCACCCACAGUGAACUACGUCCUGUGCCUCCUGGUUGCCAAGUGUUCACCUGGACCAUCUGACCACCUUUGUGCUAUUCCAUCAGCCUACAGAUCUGGUACCUGGAUUUUUGCCCAUGGUGAUUCUACCACCUUACUACUGAAGAAGACAUCAUUCCAGUGGACCACUGUGACCCAGGAGGCAUCCAGCGAAUCAUCAUGAUGUGGCCUUCACCUCCACUCCUGUCCUGUUCUACCGAGAUUCAACACAGCCCUUUGUAGUGAAGUCAAACUCCUCAAGCCAAAUAGCUGAAGCUAUUUUAUCACAACAAAGGCUGUUUGUUCCAUGAGCGUGCAUUUCGUUUCUUCAGUUAAAGCCUUCAGAGACACAUAAUAAAUUUGGACCAGGGGAUUUUUAGUUAUCAGCACUGUCUGAAGAAUGGCAACAUCUUUUUGAGAACCACAUUGGACCAUGCCCCACUAUCUUAAAUGAUUGAAAUUCAGGAAGUAUCUAAUCUGGACCCCAUUCUUUUUCCAUGUCAAAUCUGUAGUAACCUACUGAAUGAGCAAGCAGAUAUUCUGACCCAUUGGGAUUAAAACAAAGGCACAGUGAACUCUCAGCAUCUUCUUUGGGAUUACUCAGGAACCAGAACUUUUCACACAAAUGUAAGAAAUUCUACCAAGGAAUCCCUUUACCUAACAGCAUCUCACAAAGCUCCAAUCAGAUUCCAGAAACGGCCUCUUGAUACAUCCAGGUAGAACCUAUAUGGUAAUCCCUUAUGUUUAUAUAGCACUUUACAGUUUCAAAGCACUUUUACAUGCAUUAAUCUCAAUUAUCAAAUAACACAAAUUAUAAUCCCUUUUUGCAAAUGAGGAAAUGGAAAUUUAAAAGGUUAUCCAAGGUGACACAGCUACAAAGUGGUAGAGGCCAGGCCUUCUGACUCCUAGUCCAGUUCUCUCCUUGGAAUUAACUUAGCCUCUAUUUUACCCAGUGUUAAAAUAACUGGAGAGUGGGAACCCCAGAAAAGUUUCCAACUUCCUGAUCUGGUGCCCUCAAUCAGUCAGGAUGUCAUACAUGUAAUCUUGUGAUAGCUGUACCUAGACCAGAAUUCCAUUACAGCAUCUCUGACAUUUAGGAGUAGACUGUCCAGUCAACAAAACAAAUGUUCAUUUGACAGCAAAAUCACCCAUUAUGAAACACAAAGCUGCUUUUAGAUCUUUCAUCUAUCUUCAUGGUCUUCCCAAAGAUGGCCUAGUUGAUUGGAGAUCCCUGUUCAUAUCAUGUCUUUUUUUUUUUUUUUUUUUUUUUAAUUCUUACUAAUAUUCCUGGACACCAAGAUCUACCUGUGGUCCUCUAUCCCCAAACUAAUAUUUACAUAGAAUGAG